CCGCUAUGUAUGGUAGUUAUUUUGUCGGUCGGAAAAAUUGUUUCAUGCAUCUUCCUCCUUGUCUUUUCUUACCAAGUAAUUAGAUUUUUAGUUAGUCAGUGUUGUCGGAGAAGAGAAGAAAAUGGAGAGAAGAAGAAGAAGAAAGGAAGAUUUAUCAUCCUUAAUGCGAAAAUCAUGGUACCAUCUAAGAUUGUCUGUACGCCACCCAUCUAGGGUUCCAACAUGGGAUGCUAUCAUUCUCACUGCCUCAAGCCCAGAACAAGCCCAUCUCUACACUUCCCAACUCAAUCGGGCCAAACGCAUGGGCCGGAUCUCCCCAUCAACACUCACUCUCGCUGUCCCUGAUCCUCUCGGCCGCCGUAUUGGCUCCGGUGCCGCCACUCUCAAUGCUCUCCACUCCCUUUCUCUUCAUUAUGGUACCUCUGCUUCCAAUGUGCUUGCUUGUAAACAUGUUCUAUUGCUUCAUGCUGGUGGUGAUUCUAAAAGAGUUCCUUGGGCUAAUCCUAUGGGGAAAGUUUUUCUUCCUCUCCCUUUCUUGGCUGAUGAUGAACCUGAUGGUCCUGUUCCUCUUCUUUUUGAUCAUAUUCUUGCUAUUGCUUCUUGUGCUAGACAAGCUUUUCGAGAUCAAGGUGGAAUGCUGACUAUGACUGGUGAUGUUCUUCCGUGUUUUGAUGCAUCUGUAAUGACUCUUCCUGAGGACACUUCUUGCAUCAUCACUGUUCCAAUCACACUUGAUGUUGCUUCCAAUCAUGGAGUAAUUGUUGCAGCUGAAACUGAAGUGCAUUCAAAUCAAAAUUAUGCACUCAGUUUAGUGGAUAAUCUACUACAGAAACCUACUGUAGACGAGUUGGUUCAAAGCAAGGCAGUUUUAGUUGAUGGUAGGACACUACUUGAUACUGGUAUAAUAGCUGUUAGAGGUAAGGCUUGGUUGGACCUUGUUACACUUGCUUGUUCCUCUCAGGAAAUGAUUUCAGACCUCAUAAGGAGCAGAAAAGAGAUGAGUUUAUAUGAAGAUUUGGUUGCUGCCUGGGUACCUGCAAAGCAUGAGUGGUUGAGAAAGCGCCCUUUGGGUGAAGAACUGGUCAACAGGUUGGGAAACCAGAGGAUGCUAAGCUACUGUGCCUAUGAUUUAUUGUUCUUGCAUUUUGGGACCUCAAAUGAAGUUUUAGAUCACCUUAGUGGUGUUGGUUCAGACUUGGUUGGUAGAAGACACAUAUGUUCUAUUCCCGCAACCACUGCAUCUGACAUUACAGCAUCUGCUAUUAUUCUUUCCAGUAAAAUUGCACCCGGUGUCUCAGUAGGAGAGGAUUCUCUCAUAUAUGAUUCAUCUAUUUCUGGUGGAAUACAUAUUGGCUCAUUAUGUAUAGUUGUUGGAGCCAGCAUAUCUUUAGAUCAUGAUUAUAUAUGCGCGGAAGAUUCAAUGAAGUUCAUGCUUCCAGAUCGCCAUUGUCUUUGGGAGGUUCCCUUGGUUGGAAGCAGCGAGAGAGUCCUAGUAUAUUGUGGCCUUCAUGAUAACCCUAAAAGUUCACUUUCUGGGGAUGGUACAUUUUGUGGGAAACCUUGGAAGAAGAUUUUACAUGAUUUAGGUAUUCAAGAAACUGAUUUAUGGGGUUCCUCAGGCACUGAUGUGAAGUGUUUAUGGAAUUCAAAAAUAUUCCCCAUACUUCCUUAUGCUCAAAUGCUUAAAGUUUCAAUGUGGUUGAUGGGAUUAGUUAAACAAAAAACCGAAGACAUGCUUUCUUUGUGGAGAUCUGCUCAGCGCAUCAGUCUGGAGGAAUUGCAUAGAUCAAUUGAUUUCUCGACAAUGUGUAUAGGUUCUAGUCAUCAUCAAGCUGAUCUAGCAGCAGGAAUUGCUAAAGCUUGUGUUACCUAUGGCAUGCUGGGACGCAAUUUGUCUCAACUAUGUGCAGAAAUUCUUCAAAAAGAAGGUUCAGGAGUUAAAAUAUGCAAGGAUCUCCUAGCUAUGUGUCCAAAAGUUCAGGAGCAGAACACAAACAUACUUCCCAAGAGCCGAGCAUACCAGGUGCAAGUCGAUCUUCUUCGAGCUUGCAAUGAUGAAAAGACAGCAUGUGAGUUGGAGCAUAAAGUUUGGGAUGCUGUGGCUGACGAAACUGCUUCAGCAGUAAGAUAUGGAUUUAAAGAACAUUUGUCAGAGUCUCCCAGUAGCGUCUCCUGUGAUGAACAGAAGAUUAACAGCCAUGAUAAUGGUCGCAUUCAUAAGCCUUUCCAUCUUAGACAGGUAAAAGUAGAAUUACCAGUGCGCGUAGAUUUUGUUGGGGGUUGGAGUGAUACCCCUCCAUGGAGCAUAGAGCGUGCUGGAUGUGUUCUAAAUAUGGCAAUAAGCUUAGAAGGUUCUCUUCCACUUGGCACCAUCAUUGAGACUACUAAAACAACAGGAGUAUUAAUUAGUGAUGACACGCACAACGAGUUAUAUAUCGAGGAUUAUACAUCUAUAUGUGCACCAUUUGAUGGAGACGAUCCAUUUAGGCUGGUGAAAUGUGCAUUACUUGUGACUGGCAUUAUUCACGAUAACAUUCUUGCUGAUAUGGGCAUGCACAUCAAGACAUGGGCCAAUGUUCCACGUGGUAGCGGAUUGGGUACUUCUAGUAUUUUAGCCGCUGCUGUAGUGAAAGGGCUUCUUCAGAUGAUUGACGGGGAUGACAGCACUGAAAAUGUUGCUAGACUUGUUUUGGUGUUGGAACAACUCAUGGGUACAGGUGGUGGGUGGCAGGACCAAAUUGGGGGUUUGUAUCCGGGGAUUAAAUGUACCUCAAGCUUUCCUGGAAUUCCAUUGCGGCUUCAAGUUGUUCCCUUGUUGGCUUCGCCUCAGUUGAUUUCCGAGUUGCAGCAACGACUUCUAGUUGUUUUUACUGGUCAAGUUCGACUUGCAAAGAAGGUCCUGCAGAAGGUGGUAAUUAGAUAUCUUCGUCGGGAUAACCUUCUUGUAUCCAGUAUCAAGCGACUUGUGGAGCUUGCAAAGAUCGGGAGGGAAGCUUUAAUGAACUGCGACAUCGAUGAACUAGGCGAAAUAAUGUUGGAGGCUUGGAGAUUGCAUCAGGAACUUGAUCCUUACUGCAGCAAUGAUUUCGUCGACAAGUUAUUUUCUUUUGCCAGUCCAUACUGUUGUGGUUACAAGCUGGUUGGAGCUGGUGGUGGGGGCUUUGCUCUCUUAAUUGCCAAAGACACACAACGUGCCAAGGAACUCAGACAGAGGCUAGAAGAUGAGAAAGAUUUUGGAGUGAAAAUCUAUGAUUGGCAGAUAUCUUUAUAGUAUGAUAUGAACAGAAUACCAACUUGUUGGAAAAUAGUUGUAUUGGUGACAGUUUAUUUUAUCAUUCUUUAUUUGUAUAUUUUACCCUAUUUUACUAUUAUUAGUUAUGAUAGAAAUAUAUGUAGUAAUUUGUAAUUAUCAUCUACAACACGCAUAUGCAGGACGGAGAUAUGUUCGAGUCUUCCAAUCUCCCAUGUUUUACAUUUUUUCUAUAAAUGAUUAUAGUUGUUGGUGUA